AAGUGAUAGCUUUGAUAGUCAUUGGCAGUACGCGGACUCUCUCUGCCUGAACGUGAUACAAACACCUGAGUCUUCGCAUCGGUGACCAGACCGUUCAAUAGUACAAGCGGACACCGAUAUCCCUCAGUAGACCUGUGCUAGACAAGGACCGGCUGGUCACAUUUUAGACUGCCGCUGAAGCAGACAAGGUGAUCAUGUCUGACGACAAGCGAGUUGUUUUGGCUUACAGUGGUGGCCUGGACACCUCCUGUAUUCUUGUGUGGUUACUGGAACAGGGAUACAGAGUUGUGGCUUUCCUGGCUAAUGUCGGGCAGGAUGAAGAUUUUGAAGCUGCAAAAGCGAAGGCGGCGAAAUUAGGAGCUGAAAAGAUGAUUAUACCAGACGUCCGGAAGGAGUUUGUCCAGGAGUUUAUUUGGCCGGCAGUCCAGGCUAAUGGGGCAGCUUACGAGGACAGGUACCUUCUUGGCACUGCUCUGGCACGACCCUGCAUUGCAAGAGCCAUGAUAAAGGUUGCAAUAGCGGAGAACGCCAAAUAUGUAUCCCAUGGUGCAACAGGAAAGGGAAAUGACCAGAUCCGGUUUGAGCUUGGAGCGUACGCGUUACAUCCUAAUAUAGAGGUAAUAGCGCCAUGGAAAAUGCCUGAAUUCUACAACCGGUUUGAAGGAAGAAAUGCUCUUUUUGAGUACGCUAAGAAAAAUGACAUCCCCUUACCAGUAACGCCUAAAACCCCAUGGAGUAUGGACGCCAACUUGAUGCAUAUAAGUUACGAAUCAGGGAUCCUUGAGGAUCCCAAGACGGAGUUCCCUAAGAGUAUGCUCCAAAUGGCUGUUCACCCGGAAGACGCUCCUGAUAAAUCAGAGAGACUGGAACUGGAGUUCAAAAAUGGUUUACCGAUCAAGGUUACCAAUCUGGAGGACGGCACGACCAAGACGGACGCUCUAGAUCUGUUCCUGUAUCUCAAUCAGAUCGGAGGGAAGCAUGGUGUCGGAGUAAUAGACAUUGUAGAGAAUAGAUUUAUUGGCAUGAAAUCCCGAGGUAUCUACGAAACUCCAGGAGGCGCUAUUUUGGCCACUGCUCACACCGAUAUGGAGGUGUUCACCAUGGAUAAGGAGGUACGAAGAAUUAAACGUGAACUCGAUGUCAAGUUUUCUGAUCAAGUGUAUCGAGGAUUUUGGUUCAGUCCGGAAUGCGAGUUUACACGUUUCUGUAUUAAUAAGAGCCAGGAGCACGUAGAAGGUACGGUGCGCGUGAAAGUGUAUAAGGGAUCCGUCUACGUCUUAGCGAGACAAUCUCCGCUCAGUCUCUAUAAUGAAGAACUCGUCAGUAUGAACGUUCAAGGCAACUAUGAUCCGGUAGACGCUAAGGGCUUCAUCAAGGUGAACGCUCUCAGGUUACAAGAGUACGAACGACUACGUAACAAGCUUGGUCAAAGUUAACAAGCUGGGCCGGAGUUAACAAGUUCGGCCGGUUAACAAACUGGGACAGAUAUACAAACAUGAUAUGCCACAGUUAACAAGCUGGGCACAAUUAAGAACAAACUGUGUCGGAUGUGUGGCUCAGAAGCAUAGUGUGACAGAUUGUUUGGAAUAUUUCAGCUUUCUUUGUUCGUGUUUAUUAGCAUUAUAUGUUAUUACCCAGUGUGUAUCUACUGAAAUGUAUUGUACGGUUCUAAUAUUCAAACGUUUACUAUUGUUUUAAAUGGAUAUUAUUUGCAUGUAUACUUAUCUAUUACCUAUUGUCUUACUUGUGACAUUAAUUAAACCAUGUUUAUUUUCA